UUUUUUUUUUUUUUUUUUUUUUUUUUUUAACUCAAGUGAUCAUAAGAGAAUACUACAUUUAACUUCUUCCCUUUUUUUAAAUUUCUUUUAUUUUCCCAAUAAGUCUGUCAAGUCAAGAUAAUUUUAAAAAUAGAAUAGUCACUUGUAGUUGUAGUACCUCCUCGUAUCUCUCCAAAAAUCCCUCCCUUUUUAUUUCCAAUUCUUGACCCAUUUGCACAUCAACUUUUUUACCUCUGCCUCUCUCUCUCUCCCAAACAAACCAAAAAUAAAAACUCAAUUUUUGCUUCACCAAUUAAUUGUUAAUGCAGUAUUAUACUUGGGUUCUUCCAAAGUUUCUAAGUUUCGAUUGCUAUAAACCAGGUGAUAUCACAUGCCUCACCGUGAAUUUAGCUAGGAUUUGGGUAUUUCUAUGCAGUUUCCAAAUGUCACAUUUUGUUGGUUAGCUUAAGAAGAUGACGUUGCUUUUUGUUGUUCAAGCUAGAUGUCUGAUUUGCUGAUAAAAGAAAGUUGAAUUGAGUGAAGUACAUUGAAUGUGAGAGGUUGUGACAAAGUUCAGAAUAGAAAAGGGGGAUAACGGUUGAAGACUUUUUGUAUUUUUUGGGUGCUCUAGAUUACAAGAUUCCAGGAAGAGAUUGUGUUUAAGGUAGUUGAAAAAAGUCCUAUAAUAUCGGAGGCGUUUGUCUGGUCAAUUCAUUGCUGGCGGCCGUCUUAGGUUUUAAAUAGCAUAUAAGGGGUUCAAGGUUUUUUUUAGAGAUAUUGUGAAGCAAGGGAAGAAGUGCUUUGCAAAUGGGGCACUAUGCAGCAGUCUGGGAUCAUGCGGCGGCAAUUGAAGUAACAAAAGAUUGGAAUGGGAUUGAACAGGUUGUGCUUCGGAACCCUCAGGGUGCCUCUGCGCGGGUUAGCUUGCAAGGAGGACAAGUUACAUCUUGGCGGAAUGACCGAGGGGAAGAGCUCCUAUUCAGCAGCUGUAAGAGCAUCUUCAAGUUUCCAAAAGCGACACGAGGAGGAAUCUCUGUUUGCUUUCCACAGUAUGGAACUGGUGCUUCACUUGAGCAACUUGGAUUUGCGAGAAAUAAAAUCUGGAUCAUUGAGGAGGACCCUCCUUUUUUAUACUCAUAUGACCCACAAGGAAAAUCUUUCAUUGACUUGCUGCUCAAAGCUUCAGAAGAUGAUCUGAAGUUCUGGCCCCACGGUUUUGAGGUUCGGCUUCGGGUUUCACUGGCAUCAGAUGGAAGCUUAUCCUUGAUAUCUCGUAUCAGAAACAUCAACGGCAAACAAUUCAGCUUCUCAUUUGCUUAUCACACAUACUUGUCUGUUUCCGACAUAAGUGAAAUAAGGAUCGAAGGUUUAGAAACGCUGGACUAUCUGGACAACCUUUGCCAGAAAGAACGCUUUACAGAACAGGGAGAUGCCAUAACUUUUGAAUCUGAGAUGGACCGUGUCUAUCUUAGUACCCCAAAUCGCAUUGCUGUUCUUGAUCAUGAAAGGAAACGAACAUAUCUGAUAAGGAAGGAAGGGUUGCCAGAUACUGGGGUGUGGAAUCCAUGGGAGAAGAAAGCCAAAGCAAUGGCGGAUUUCGGUGAUGAUGAGUAUAAGCAGAUGCUUUGUGUUGAUGGUGCAGCAUUGGAGAAACCUAUCACAUUGAAGCCAGGAGAAGAAUGGACCGGUCGUGUAGAGCUUGUGGCCGUGCCAUCGAGUUUUUGUGAUCUUUGAUCCUUCAAAGUCUGGGCAGAAUUAUUAUAGUAAUGCUCAGCAGCUUAAUGAGGAACUGUAAACUCUAUACUAGGUUUAUGCACUUGUUAAUGAUGAUGUUGUGAGGUGUUUAUACAUUAGUCAUUAAACUGUUGUUCAUGAACCACCUAAGCCUAUCGUUUUUUUAGAAUGGCUGCUUGGUGUUUGUCUUUUGAAGAGUAAAGUUGUUUGCAUUGCA